GCACACACUCAGCACACCUUCAGAUGGAGAUCAAGUAGCAGCAGCAGUCGAUUCACAGAGCAGCCGCAGCGGAUCCGGAGGUUUCCUUCAGGGGGACAGGUGACAGAACGGACCGACACUCAGUCGCCUCAACGUGCAUCCGUGGAAAUUACUGCUGUUUCACUCACCCCCCCACCCCUCCAGAACAGAACACCCUCCGAUUGCCAAUAGAUGUUACUCAACUACAUGCAUUUCGAGCUGAUCCUCUAAGCCCAGUCCGUCAAGAUGGAAAAUGCGCACACUAAAUCUGCGACUGAAGUUUUAGACAACUUCGGUGUGAACGAAAACACUGGGCUGACUCUGGAGCAAGUCAAAGUCAAUGUGGAGAGAUAUGGACCGAACGAGCUCCCAGCUGAAGAAGGCAAGUCCCUGUGGGAACUGGUGUUUGAGCAGUUUGAAGAAAUCAUGGUCAGGAUCCUGCUGCUAGCUGCCUGUGUCUCCUUUGUGUUGGCUCUGUUUGAGGAAGGAGAGGACUCAACCACCGCCUUUGUUGAGCCUUUUGUUAUUCUUCUCAUCCUCAUCGCCAACGCUGUUAUCGGGGUCUGGCAGGAGCGCAAAGCUGAGAGCGCCAUUGAGGCUCUGAAAGAGUAUGAGCCAGAGAUGGGGAAGGUGUACCGCAUGAACCGUAAGGCUGUCCAGAGGAUCAAAGCCAGAGACAUCGUCCCAGGAGACAUAGUGGAGGUGGCAGUUGGUGACAAGGUGCCUGCUGACAUCAGAGUGACUUCUAUUAAGUCCACCACCCUGCGGGUGGACCAGUCCAUCCUCACAGGGGAGUCUGUAUCCAUCAUCAAACACACUGACCCUGUUCCGGACCCCAGAGCUGUCAACCAAGACAAAAAGAAUAUGCUGUUUUCUGGCACAAACAUUGCAGCAGGCCGCGCCAUAGGCGUGGUCGUUGCUACCGGCGUUGCCACAGAGAUCGGUAAGAUCCGUAAUCAGAUGGCAGCUACGGAACAAGAGAAGACGCCGCUGCAGCAGAAGCUGGACGAGUUCGGGCAGCAGCUCUCUAAGGUCAUCUCCCUGAUCUGUGUGGCUGUGUGGGUCAUCAACAUCGGCCACUUCGGAGACCCCGUCCACGGGGGCUCUUGGGUCAGAGGGGCUAUAUAUUACUUUAAGAUCGCCGUGGCCCUGGCCGUGGCCGCCAUCCCGGAGGGCCUGCCUGCCGUCGUCACCACCUGCCUGGCCCUCGGCACGCGUCGCAUGGCCAAGAAGAACGCCAUCAUCCGCAGCCUGCCCUCCGUAGAGACCCUGGGCUGUACCUCGGUCAUCUGCUCCGACAAGACGGGCACCCUCACCACCAACCAGAUGUCCGUCUGCAGAAUGUUCGUUGCAGACAAGGUGGAAGAUUCAAGCUGCAGCCUUCAUGAGUUCUCUAUAUCUGGUUCUACAUAUGCCCCUGAGGGACAAAUACUGAAAGGAGACAAGCAUGUCCAGUGUGGAGACUUUGAUGGACUUUUGGAGUUGGCCACUGUGUGCUCUAUGUGCAAUGACUCGUCACUGGACUACAAUGAGGCCAAAGGGGUUUACGAGAAGGUGGGUGAAGCCACAGAGACGGCUCUCACCACCUUGGUGGAGAAGAUGAACGUCUUCAAGACUGACCUGUCCGGACUCAGCAAGGUGGAGCGGGCCGGUGCCUGCAACUCGGUGAUCAAGCAGCUGAUGAAGAAGGAGUUCACCCUGGAGUUCUCUCGGGACCGCAAGUCCAUGUCCGUCUACUGCACCCCCGUCAAGCCGGGCUCCCAGAGCAAGAUGUUUGUCAAGGGUGCUCCAGAGAGUGUGAUUGAGCGCUGUCAGUACCUGCGGGUGGGAACAGGGAAGGUGGCGCUGACCCCGGCCCUGCGGGACCAGCUGCUGUCUAAGAUCAGGGACUGGGGGACAGGCAGGGACACCCUGCGCUGCCUGGCCCUGGCCACGCAUGACACCCCGCCCCGCAAAGAGGACAUGGACUUGGGCAAUUCCACCAAGUUUGCAGAGUAUGAGUUGGGUCUCACGUUUGUUGGCUGUGUGGGCAUGCUGGACCCGCCCAGGAAGGAGGUGAUUGGCUCGGUGAAGCUGUGCAACGAGGCAGGUAUACGUGUCAUCAUGAUCACAGGAGACAACAAGGGCACAGCCGUGGCCAUCUGCAGACGGAUCGGCAUCUUCGGCGAGGACGAGGACGUGACAGGAAAGGCCUACACAGGCCGCGAGUUCGAUGACCUCCCGCUGGAGGCCCAGAGAGAAGCCGUCAAACAGGCGCGCUGCUUCGCCCGCGUCGAGCCUGCUCACAAGUCCAAGAUCGUGGGAUACUUGCAGUCAUUCGAUGAGAUCACCGCCAUGACAGGAGACGGUGUGAACGACGCCCCGGCCCUGAAGAAAGCCGAGAUCGGCAUCGCCAUGGGCUCUGGCACGGCGGUGGCCAAGUCGGCAUCUGAGAUGGUGCUGUCGGAUGAUAACUUCUCCACCAUAGUGGCUGCUGUGGAGGAGGGCCGCGCCAUCUACAACAACAUGAAGCAGUUCAUCAGAUACCUCAUCUCCUCCAACGUGGGAGAGGUGGUCUGCAUCUUCCUGACAGCCAUCCUGGGUCUCCCUGAGGCUCUGAUUCCAGUCCAGCUGCUCUGGGUGAACCUGGUCACCGAUGGCCUGCCCGCCACCGCCCUGGGCUUUAACCCCCCCGACCUGGACAUCAUGGACAAACCCCCCCGCAACCCCAAGGAGCCUCUCAUCUCUGGCUGGCUCUUCUUCCGAUAUCUGGCCAUUGGAGGAUAUGUGGGUCUUGGAACAGUGAGUGCUGCCACAUGGUGGUACCUGUUUGAUGAAGAAGGUCCACAAGUGUCCUUCUACCAGCUGAGACACUUCAUGCAAUGCACUGAGGACAACCCCAUGUUCCAGGGCAUAGACUGUGACGUGUUUGAAUCCCGCUACCCCACAACCAUGGCCCUGUCUGUGCUGGUCACGAUCGAAAUGUUCAACGCGCUCAACAGUUUGUCUGAGAACCAAUCCCUGAUCAGGAUGCCGCCCUGGGUCAAUGUUUGGCUGCUGGGAGCCAUCGUCCUGUCCCUCUCCCUCCACUUCUUGAUCCUCUACGUGGAGCCACUGCCCCUGAUCUUCCUGGUGACCCCUCUGCGCUUGUCCCAGUGGAUUGUGGUCCUGAAGAUUUCCUUCCCAGUUAUCCUCCUGGACGAGGCACUGAAAUAUAUCUCCAGGAACCAUCUAGAGGCCUAAACUCUUUUUUAUCUCACCUUCUGUGAAAAGGUGAUGAGGACAAGAAAUAUCGGAGGAGAUGGCAACAGGACUAAGACCUCUCCUUCAACCCACUCACACAGACACACGCCCACCCUUUCCCUUGUGGCCAGGAAGCUUUCCUCUCUUCCCUGUCCUCAUUCCCCCCUCCUGCAUGUCCAACAAACCACCACAUAGAAAUGAGGGGGGGGGGGGGGGGGGGGGGGGGUCUGCAUGAGAACCAGCGUGCAAGAAAGACACCAUGCAUGCUCCCGCAAGCAUGGGUUUUUGUACGAUUGUGUGAGUGAAUGAGCUUGUGUGUGUGGUUGUGUGUGGUUGUGUGGUGUGUGUGGGUGUGGUGUGUGGUGUGGUGUGUGUGUGUGUGUGUGUGUGUGUGUGUGUGUGUGGACACAGAUGCAGAGCGGCUGUCGUCGUAGUGCAAGCGCCAAGAAACAGCUGCAGAUAAGAAGACAAUAGAACUGGCCAGGGCUCUGCUUUUUAAAGAUUUCUGCUCAUUGAGUUUCUGACUGCAUACAGUGCAAACAUAGUGGGCAGUAACUGGACUUUGGGGAGGGCAGGAGAGGGAGGACAGGGGAACGGAGGUUGGAAUACUGGGUGGGAGGGGAUGGGGGGGGGGGGACAAUUUUGAAAUUAGCACUGAGACAGAAAGAGAGAAUGAGAGGGUACACGCUGGCAAAAGAAGAGCAUCAGAAUGCGUGACCCGUGUAACAUUACAUUUGGAUGUACCCCCCAGGCUUGUGCCACCCCCCCACUACUGGCAGCGAGUUCCAGCCAGCUGUGCAGGGGCCAGUAUCUCUGGCCAGUGUGUCACAGCACUACUCCUUCAGCGCUCUUCAUCUUUACCCUUACCCCAUAGAAAUUCGAACUCCCGUUGAUUGUGUUUUACGCAGAAUGACGCUCCUUCUGCCUGUCUUGCUUUCUGACUCUCUCUCUCUCUCUCUCUGUCUCUCUUUCUCUCUCCAUGUCAAGGAGGCAGCUUUGUUCCCGGGGGGGGGGAUCGCGGCGUUAAUCGUGCUCUCGAGUUAAAAAAAACAACCUAAAUAAAUAAAAAUGUCAACCAGCAUAUCAGCAGAGUAGUCGUCGGCCGGUCCACCCAGCUGGUCCUGGUACUGUCCAUCUGCUGGGCUGCCAUCGGAGUUUUGGCUUCAAAGAUCUAAAUUAAAGGCAGAUUGGAGCAAGAGGAUAAAGCUCUGUGACAUUUUGUACAUAAUAAUUGUCUUGGCGCACCAUGUUGUUGAUCUUCCUUUUAAUUUCUUCAGUUAUUUCUAACCCUGCACUAGUGCUAACGUGUGUGUGCAUUUAGCCUUACUUGAAUUUAUUUGUCUGAUUUGACUUGACAGGCUUUUGGGGGGUUAAAUGGCACGGACGAUGUCGUUAAAGUAAGUUAAGAAAUGGCAAGUAAACUGCUUGAUUGUCACACUUGGCUAUGAAUCAUUUAUAUAUUAAGCACAUUUAAUGUAACAUCCAUGCCUUAUACAGCCCACUGCACCUCCACAUUGAAUAUGUGGUCCAGCUGAAUGUGUUUCUGCUAGCCUUUAAUCAGCCCCCACCCCGCUGCACCCUCAGCCCCCCCCCCUGCUCUCUCAGUGCUUUAGCGACUGACUUUGGUAUUGUUUUAUGAUAACUAAAUAGUAAUGUAUUUGACUGAAUGAACCCACGCCGUUUGGAUUGUGUCUUUAAGUCUUACUUCUGGGUUUUGUGUUGGGCCCUGGUGCUCUGUGGACUGGGUCUGGGUCUGUGGUGUUUUUGGUCUCUUGUUGCUUCCACAUAGGGCAGAGUAGAGUGUGCACAUUCAAAAAAAACAAUAACUGCUGGAAUAAAAAAAAAAAAAAAAGUCAGAUAUCUUCAAUCAAUAUAAUCAAGGCAACUACAUUUAAUUGAAAUGAAUUAGUUAUGGACAAUGUGCAGACCUUUCUUCUUUUCCCCUCCUUUUCUUUUUGCUUCCAGACCUGAUUUCAACAAGCAGGACUGGUUUUCAAGCAUGGUUUAGAAUCUAAGGGGAACUCCAUCCUUAAACCCUUCCAACAUUAGGAACCAACCUGCCUUUGCUUACAGGGCUCUGUGUCUUUGUUUUCAUCUAUUUUGUUGCCUGGUGAUGUUUUUUUCUUCUUUUCUUACUCCCGGGGAUAACUAGGCAAACUUAGAUGGCAUGACAUCAUCCAGUCCGAUAUUUCCAGUCCUACAUGCUCUCUGGGGUCCUUCUUGGAAAUGUACAGCAGACAGCAACAGCUCACUUCAGUAGAAGUUGAUGAGAACGCACACUAAAAGACAUCACCAGACACAGAAAACUAUGAACAUCAAAGAUGGUUUAUGGAUGGAAUAUCCCUCCUAGUUUUAUACCAGAAGCUGGAUUUUGCGUCUAGUAAACAGUGGCUUGAUGCCGAUUUUAUUUGACAACUAAUCCUUGUUUUCGUUGUCAAUGAAUCUGUUGAAUAUUUAUUAAUCGAUUUAAUGGAUUAGUUGUUCGGUCUAAAAAAUGUCAGAAAAUGGUGAAAAAUGUCGAUUAGAAAGUGUUUUCCUCAAAAAUGUCUUGGUUUGUCCACAACUCAAGAUCCACAAGGUAUUCAGUAAACCAAAAACUAUUCAUAUUUAAGAAGAUGGAAUCAGAGAAUUUCUAUUCAUUCUAUUCAUAAAAAAAGAACUCCAACCAAUUAAUCAAUUGUCAAAAGAGUUGGCGAUUUAAUAGCUGACAACUCAUUGAUUAAUCAAUACAUCUUUGCAGCUCUAGACAUUUCAUAUAAACACACACACACACACACACACACAUAUACACAUGCUAUGGCCUGUGUUAAAUGUCAAAGACAACUUAUUCUUAGGAGACAAAGACAGACAACAUGUCGGUAUCUGAAAUGUCUCAUCAGUCAGUGAUACUCCAAUGACUCAUACAUCAAAAUAAUGGAGAUUAAUAUAGUCGUUGACAACUUAUCAAUCAAUGGACUCAUCUUUGCAGCUCUUAUUUUGACAUAAAGCAGCCGUUAUGUUGACUUUUUGAGAAUGUGGUCCCUCUGUCCCUGUCCCAGGUCUCCAUGGCUCUGUAACAUGCGACCACCAGGCACUAUAGGUCUGUAUAGCCUUGUUAUUUACUACUGAAUCCUCAACUCUGUACAGAAGAUGAGAAUAUGAUCGCAUGGAAACUUGUUACUGUAAUAAUAACUAUACAGUAUAUAAUAUUUAAUUUUUUGAUAACUUGCGUCAAUGAAACCUACUUACCGACAACACAGACUUGCAAGAAACCAUUUAUGUUUGACUUUUCUUUGAGCACAUGGUAUCUAAGGAUCUCCUUUGUUUUGAUUUUGUAGAAUAGAAAGGUUGUUUUGUCAUUUGGUUUUUACAGUUGCGGGGGUUUUGUGUCUUACUGGAGGGAAAGAAUGCAACGUUAUGUUCAAGAUAGACAAGAAUCACACUCGCGCUUAUGAAAGACGAGGACGCUGAUCAUUUCGGGGUGAGAAUGUUCAAGAAAUUGGGAUUGAUCUGUGUCUGGUUUACACUGAGAGAUAAGCAGUGAUGAUUCCUGGGUUAUGAAGUUUUAUGACUGUACAUUGAAGGGCUUGGUGUGGAUGCAGGCUCUAGAGACCCCCCCCCCGACAAUCCCUUUUGGGUCUGACAACCCUUCUAGCAUGGUACUCCAAGUCUUCUGCCAUCUGUAAAAGAAUAACUUCUACUAACCAUAAAGGAGUGAUCAGGUUCAUGUGAAGAACAUCUGAACAAGUUCUAGACGAGUCUCUAGAGCCUGAGUUCCACCUCUGAGAAAUUAAAAGGAUUCUCUGUAUUGCCUUGUUAAUAUUAAUUGUGGACACAUAAUUUUAUAAAUGACAAACACGUGGAAAUAAAGAUAAUUUAUCUUGUUAUUUA